AUGUCGGUCAAGAAAAUAGGUUACGCGGCGAUCGUAUACUGGGGCUACAAAUUUUCCCGCAAUAUAAUAUACAAAGUCUAUAAGAACUUUUUCUCAGCAUCUACUGUCGAUUUGUGCUCGAUGGGUAAAUGGGCGGUUGUAACUGGUUGCUCUCAUGGCAUAGGAAGAGCUUACGCAGAGGCAUUAGCGAGGAUAGGAUUGAAUUUGAUUCUAGUCAGUCCUGAUACGGAAAAUUUGAAGACUAUCGCGAGUAAUAUUGAGACGAUGUACAAUGUAAGAACAAAAGUGAUCAAACUAGACCUAUCACAAGGUCUGGAGACGUAUGACGUGAUCGAAAAAGAGAUGUUUGGCUUGGAAAUCGGCGUAUUGAUCAACAAUCUUGGCAUGUCAUAUCCGCAUCCGGAAUAUUUCCUCGAUCUUCCUCAUAAAGAGAAGAUAUACAUGAGUAUCGUGCACUGUAACGUGAUUGUUGUGACUAAUAUGUGUCGUAUUCUAUUACCACAAAUGGUUGUCAGAGGAAAAGGAGUGAUAGUGAAUGUAGCCUCGAUGGUAGCGGUAAUACCGAGCCCCCUAUUAACUGUGUUCGCAGCUACGAAGGCGUACAUCGUGAAAUUUAGCAAGGAUAUGCAAAUAGAGUACGGGAAACACGGUGUGAUCGUACAGUGCUUGUUGCCGGGCACGGUAACGAAUCACACGACUGAUUCGCCAAGAUCGGGGUGGAUGAUCCCAACGCCAGAAAAGUACGUUCAAAGCGCUAUUAGAACUAUAGGCAAAGAAAACGUGACGACUGGAUUUUUACAACACUCUAUUUUGAUUGGAAUAAUCAAAUUUAUCUAUCGGAUAUCACCGAGUUACAUCAUCAUUUGGAUGAUCAAUAUUAUGGAAGGAAAUCGGAAUAAUGUACUACGUCGAUACGUCGGAUGA